CCGCGAAGGACCCUUAUGCUAAGUAGCGUCCCGGACUGUCCAGCUACGCCGAAUCCCCUCCCCCACCCCGCCGACCCGUCCCGCCUUCUAACCUCGCGGUGCUCCUCGUCCGCGCUUGCGUGGAACGUCUCUACUGAGCCCGCCGGUGGCCCCGCCCCUCGCGUUGCACCACGCCCUCAAAGGCUCCGCCUCUGCUGCCUGGAUCCCACCCCUCUAUCUGCAGGACCCCGGACCGUAAUGAUCCUACAACAGUCCCUGGAGCGAGACUCUCCAGGUCGGGACCCACGGGCCACCACUGGGCUGACUCGCGGCCUGGACGCCAGGGAACCCUUGCACAAGCAGUUUCUGUCUGAGGAAAACAUGGCCACCCACUUCUCCCGACUCAGCCUACAUAAUGACCACCCCUACUGCAGUCCCCCUGUGACUUUUCCUCAAGCCCUGCCACCACUCAGGGGCCCUUGCCCAGAGCUGCUUCUCUGGCGCUAUCCUGGGAGCCUGAUCCCUGAGGCCCUCAGGCUGCUGAGGCUGGGGGAUACCCCCAGUCCCUACUACCCUGCAUCCCCAGCUGGGGACAUCAUGGAGCUCUAAGUGCUGAAGGCCAGUGUCCCUCUUCACCUUGUUCCUGACAGCAGAGACCAGCAACCCCUAGAGAAGGAUGUGGUCCUUCCCCUGUAACAGGACAGAGGAUACCGAGCUCAGUGAAACCCUGAAUGGAAGGGGCAGCAGCUUGGAAAGGGGAAAGUAUCAACUCAUUAGUGAAUAAAGAUUUCUGAGCAGUUAAA